AUGGUCUCGCAGCAGCGAAAGCGAAAAACAGGAACGACGGGGUCGGCGCGAGAUGGUGGGGGUGUAGGCGAGGCCUCGGACCCCCGACGACAGCCGCAGUUGCAGCAGCAAACAACAGCUUCUGAUGUUGUCUCAGGGGCUGAUGAACCUCUAACCCCGCAAAAGACAGGAAGCCUUGGCAAAGGCGCGCGAAAUGAGAAGGCGCAGAAAACACGAAGUGUCUUUUCCAAGACCGCAGCUGCCAAUCUCACCGACGAUGAAGACGAACAAACUUGGUCUGGGUCUGGUGGCCCAGUGCUGAAUGCAGCAGCCGAUCAGGAGAGAAUAAGGAAGGAAAAGGAGAGGAGGAAGGCAAAGAGAGAGCAACACGAUCGCAACAGGAGCAACAGGGAGGGGCAAAGCAAGCAGAAAAAGGCGUCAAAGGGGUCCUCCUUUUCAGGGGUGUUGCAGUUCUUUUCAGGCGGAGACUUCCGUUCUUGGCUGAUGUCUUUUCUAGUUCUAGUUUGUAUCGUAGGCAUCUUUGUUCUGAAGGCGCUGGAGGAGUACUACGGCAUGGAUGCCGAUGUUAGUGGGGAGCAACGGCUUCAGCACUUGAGUGUGUUGGGUCUGGACGACGGGGCGUCUGAGAGUGACAUAAGAAGGUCCUACAGGACUUUAUCUGUUCGUUGGCAUCCCGAUCGUUACCCGAACUGCGGCGCGAGCUGCCAGCAGCGUUUCCACGAAAUUGCGGCGGCUUAUGAAUAUCUGAUGAGGAAACAGCGGAAGGCAGCAGUAGAUGAUGAAGAAGGAGAGGGAGGUGAAAACACACAAGGUGACGAAUUUGCCAACUUAAAGGUCACGUCACAGGGUAUUGUCGAUUUCUCCAGUUUAGGGCCAAACGAUGUCUUUCCACCCACUGCAGAUACUAAGAACGUCUGGUCCAUCAUGGUUCAUCAGGACAAAGAUGAUUGGAGCCAGUCGGUGUACGAGAUGUGGCAAGAGUCCUCACGAGCGUUGGGGAAGUACGUAAAGUUUGGCGUUAUUUCGAUCCGCGGGAGAAGUGGGAAAGACGCUCUGAAGAAGCUGCCAAUAAAUGUGAAGAUCUUCCCGGCCAUUCUGCUGCUGACUGCUGGCAUGCACCCGGAGCAAUACCCAAAUAUCUCGAGGCCUUCAGUGGAAUCUCUCAACCGGUUCAUCGCCGACGCAUUCCCCACCACCCUCGAUGUCGUCGAGAGCGCUCGAGAGCUGAAGUCAUGGCUGGCGUCUUCAUCUUUCUCGCAGUCUCUGGCUGCGCAGUACAAAGCAGUGAUUGUUCCUUCUGCAGCUUCUGCCAGCAAGCCUUCCCUGUUAGUGAAGCACGCGGCCUUUUCUAACAAGCACUUGUUUAACUUCUGUUUCGUUGCAAAUACGCGAACACUGCUGACGAACGAAAAGGAGGAGUUGAUUGCCGUUCUGAAGAAUCCCCCUACGUGGGUGCACCAAUUGCCUGCUGACAGCGCAGCAGCGAAGGCGCUGAGGCUGCCGGUGCACUCAGAGGAGCUCCGCGCGGGCGACUUGGUCUCGAAUUCAAACGUAUUGCUCUUCGUAGAUGAAGGCAGAGGCGUCUCACGCAUGCAAUCCACGCUGCAAACCGCUCGCUCGAAACUCCUCAACCCUUCGACUGCACUUUCGCUUGCACUUGAUCGGUUCAAGGCGAGCGUUGAACCCUUUCUCUAUCAGCAAAACAGCGCGUCUUUGUGCAAGGGGUCGCUGCAAAGACGGGUGUACUGCCUUGUUGCUGUCGAACCAGAAGAAGGAGCGAACGAUGGGCAGCCCGCGCAAGCGCCCAAGACGGUCGACUUGGCUCGGAUUAGGCAGCUGUUGCAGCUUUCAAGGCAAAAGUAUCUUGCGGAGAAUCCCCAGAAGAACUUAGAAGCCGUCUGGGAGCGGGCAGUGCAGAAGGCGAGAGAGUAUGAAAAGUCCAGUCCUCAUAAAGGAGAAGGCGACGGAGGAGAGUCCAGUAUUUCCACAAAAGAGCCCGACGAUCUGCACAUUGAGCAACCAGAUGACAUAGAAGAGGAGAUAAUCCACGUGCAAAUCGUACGAGUAUCUGUAGGGCGACCCGCUGCAGUGCCAUCUCUUCCGGGAUUGCCCAAGGACACACAGUUCAAGCGCUUGAUGAAUGAAGAGUUAGAAAAUGCGCCGAUCUUCUUGCUCGACUUAGAAGGGUCUCGCGUAGCCCCUGUGCCUGCUUUGUAUGCGGGGGAGCCGAGCGUCUCUGACGAGGGUGCGGAAGCUCUUUAUUCUCGUCUGUAUCAGAUAUUGGAUGAGCUGCAGAACGCUGCAGAUGAAGAAGAAGAUGCAAAGAUUGCAUUCUCCGAGCUACCAGACUAUUGCGCAGGGCAAGAGUUCGCAAAGAGCUCGGAUUGUUGGCGGCCUUUGGAGGGUUUGUUUUCUUCGCCUGGAACAAAAUAA